AUGGGAUCACAUCACGAGGAGGUGAUACCACCCACAUUGAAAAAGACUUUGCACCUGAAAGCAAAGAAGCCUGAUACUGAAAGUUUGAAGGUUUUGGGUCGAACGUUGAAGAAAACACAACGUCUUACUCUUGCUAGAAAAUAUGGGGAAAUUCUAGAUCUAUUAGAAGUUGAUGUGCAAGUAGAUGCAAUCACUGCGGUUGCUCAGUUUUAUGACACACCUCUGAGAUGUUUCACUUUCCGAGAUUUCCAAUUGGCACCUACUUUGGAAGAAUUUGAGCAAAUUCUUGGCUUAUCAUUAGAAGAUUUUGAGAAGCCAUACCGCUACUUGGGGCACUACCCUUCUAUGCAUGCUAUUGCUGACGUGUUAAAAGUUCCUGAGAAAAGCUUGCAAAAAAAAAGACAAAAUAGAAAUGGGACCGAUGGAUUUUCAAGAAAGUACCUGGAGGAGCACCUUCGUCACUUAGCUGAAAUUGAAGACUGGGAGGCUUUCAUUGAUGUGCUAGCUCUCACCAUUUAUGGUAUCCUCAUGUUCCCAAAUGUUGACGAGUUCGUGGACUUCGCAGCUAUAGAUGUCUUCUUUGCUCGCAAGUUUAGAGGUGAAAAUCCUGUUCCUGCCAUUCUUGCUGAUGUCUACUAUACUCUAAAUUUUUGUUAUGAGAAGAAGGGCAAAAGAAUUUUGUGUUGUUUACCAAUGUUAUUCAUAUGGCUCACUGCCCAUGUCUUCAAAAGAGGAUACGAGAUCUUAUACCCCAUCACUGAGUUUCAAAGAUAUCAGUUAAAGGCUAAAAGUGGUCAUGAAUGGACUCAAAUUUUAGCACGAUUGGAUGAAAAAAGUGUCCGAUGGUAUCCUCGAUGGGUUGAAAGAGAAACUUUGAUCUACCAAUGCGGUGAUUUCCCUAAUGUGCCUCUCAUGGGUACCCGAGGGUGUAUCAAUUACAACCCAUCCUUGUCACAACGACAACUCGGUUAUCCUAUGAGAAGAGCUCCCACGGAAGACAUGAUAGCUCCUUUCAUUCUUUAUGAUAUGAGCUCUGCACGUAAUGAGUUACUUAAAAGAGUUCGAGAUGCCUGGGAUAAGGUCAUUCGAAAAGGAAAGGAGUUGAGGAUUAAGAGUUGUGGAGUCCAAGAUAGCUAUCAGCAGUGGGUUAGGUGUCGAGCACAAGAAGUAAAGCUACCAUUCCAAGUUUUGACAUUCACCACAAAUGUUGAAUCAUCAAUGUCUGCCUCCCACGACAGUGAAGAGAUAAGAGAAAUACAAGAAAAACUGAUGAGGGUCGAAGAAGAGAGGAAGAAGAUAGAAGAAGAGCUUAAGGGAGCUAGACAAAAGUGUGAGGCCUUGGAGCGAGAAAAUAAGAGGAAAAAUCAUACCCUUGAGGAAGCUGAUAAAAGAGCCAAGAUCGAGGAAAAUUAUGUGCUAAAAACUAAGGGGUGCCUUCGUGCAGCAAACAAGGAGUUAAGCCUUCGAAGACAAGAAAGAGAUGAGGCUAUUGCUAAAAGCACUCAACUUGAAGAAUUACUAAGAAAUUCUAAUGCAGAGCACAAAGAAUCAAAGAGGCAAAUGGCAGAGAUGAGGGGGCUAAUGGAGAUGAGAGUUGUAGAAUAUGAAGACAGGCUAAAAAGAGAAAAACAAUGUACAGAGAAAGUGAUUGCGAUGUACCAAGACUCGAUUCGAAGAGAGCAAGAAGAAGUACAAAGGCUAACUGAUUACAUCGGAGGGCAAGAUGAAACCAUCGAUGCAUAUAGGCAUGAAGUGGCGUUCUGGAUGACUCGCUUUUCCAAAUUGGCUGAGCUCGCUAAUGAUGCAAUUGAAGACAUCCCGGAUAAGUUGGGAAUGGCAGAGGCACUGGUGAACCCCCUCACUACUCCUGUGGAGAUUCAAGACUUCAUUGAGUAUUGUAGAAAUUAUAUUAUGAAAAUGAAACAGAUUAUCAUCAGGCGAAUGUAA